AUGACAGGAGCGUCAGGCAAGUCCCAACGUGCAUCACGCGCUACUCGACACGAAGAAGCCGCUCGACAGGAGGACACUCACCCCACAGACUCCAGCGCGCCUCAGGAGCCACAGCUCGGGGAUUCAGCAGGGCGGGAGGCGUCAUCUGCUCCCAAGGAAUCAACGCUUGGCGGAAGCCACAGAGGCGACGGGGGUUUGGACUCGCAGCGGGACCAGCCGGAGAGGUUGGGGCGCGUGGAGGAGGUGACGGAGGAACAGGAGACGUCGUGGGGCGAGGCGGCUGCGGCUGUAGAGGCAAGGGAAAACGGCACACAGGUGACCGAGUCGGAGGCUGCUGCGGUGGCUGAGGCUGCGGGUACUGCGGUGCCAGAGGUAGUGGCUGCUGCUGCGACGGUGGUGGCUCCAGCGUCUGUUGGCGGGCCUGACGCUGCCUCUGUCGGCGGUGGCGCCGGCUGUGCUGGCUGCGGCAGGGAGACGCAAUGGCAGGCGCAGGGAGAGGCGGAGCUGGUGGGGCAAGAGGCGGACGGAGAGGAGGAGGUGCAAUCGUUGGUGGAAGAGAGGCGCUCCUGCGAUCGGGAACGUGGCGGGAACGCCACGAUCGCCCUGAACAGGUGGCAGAUCCUAUGA